AUGGUGAGUGAGCCCUUGGACUGUGUCUCCUUUGAGCUGUUUGCAGAGAAAAUUCCAAAGACAGUAGAAAAGGUUCAUUCUCUGAGCACUGGAGAGAAACGAUUUGGUUAUAAGGGGUCAUGGUUUCUCAGAAUUAUUCCAGGAUUCAUGUGCCAGGGUGAUGACUUCCCAUGUCAUAAUGGCAAGGGUGGAAAGUCCAUCUAUGGGGAAAAAGUUGAGGAUAAGAACUUUAUCCUGAACCAUACAGGUCCUGGGAUCUUGUCUGUGGCAAAUGCUGGUCCAAAUACAAACGGCUUCCAAUUUUUCAUCUACAUUGUCAAGGCUCAGUGGUUGUAUGACAAGCAUGUAGUCUUUGGGAAGGUGAAAGAAGGCAUGAACAUUGACUAA